AUGCCUCUUCUAUCUUCACCCAAAGAAGAACUCAAGGAAGACAUCAGACAAAUAGUAGCUGGUGGUGGACAUGAUCAGAGAGAGUUGCCCAUAGCAGAAGACCUGGCAGACCAAUGCACUGGGCAAGAGAUCUGUUCCCAGAAUCUGACACACAAGAGGAAGAGGAGCAGCUGUUCUCCUUGUGGCUUGAGCCACUUUGAUACGGAUAGCAAAUCCGAUGGUGGUUCUCUGCCGCAUAACGUCAAGACUUCAGGAUAUUCUCCAGUCUCCGCGAAUAGGCUUGCUGAAUGGGCAUCAGCAGCGGCGAUAUUGAAAUGUGCUUGGAGAAGGCUGCCUUGCCAGGAAUAG